ACUUAUUUGUUUAUACCAACAGUUUCGAAAGUUUCCCGAAUUUUUAAUGUUUUUCCGGGAAUUUUGUUAGAAAGUCGAUUUAAGUUAUUUUUCCCACAAACCAUGAGCCACUUGCCAGAAAGCUUCGACGCGAUGCAGAAGCGCAUUGCUUUUGUGCAGCAACACUUUGGCUUGCAGCUUUGCCGUUUUUGUGGCACCGAAACCCGCGGGCUGUUGCGGAUCUUCACCGAGGAUCGCCAAACUUUCAACGCCGAACGUAACAUUGACCAGCUGCUGGAGAAGCAGUUUGUGCAGUUUGUUCCAGAGAAUGAGGCCGGAUUGCCAAAUUUUAUCUGUGAAAAGUGCGUGGAUAGUUUGGUUCGGUGGAACCGGUUCCAGGAGACGUUUAGUGCGACGACCAAGCUGCUGCUCAAGGUGCGGGAACAGCUGGUCGUCGAUGUUGGAGCGAUCAAGGUCGAUCCGGCGCUCGCCAGCGAGGAAGAUGACGACGACGUAAGUUAUGAGGAAUUUGAGGAGGAAUCGCAGGAGAAGGUGUAUCCUGAAGACCAUGAUGUUUACGAGAUUGAGUACGUGCACAAUUUGCCGGACAACGUGACGGUUGAGGACGUGACGAUCAUUGAGACGAUCGACGAGGAGUUUGAUCUGCCGUUGAGGGAAGAGAUCUUGAUCGAGACUAAAGAAGAGUCGAAUGAAUCGGAACAGUUUAUCGGAUUUGAUGAAAAGGAGGAAGAGAAGCAUGUUAUCGAGCUGCAGACAAGAAGCCGAAAGAGGAAGAGACGUCUGAGUCGAGACUCUGAAGAACCUGCCCCAAAGUCAACAACCCCUCAGCAAUGUCCAAUUUGUGGAGUUCUGGUCAAGGUUAAGAUGAAGCAUCACCUGUUGCGCCACUCGGACCCCGAGGGACGUCCCUUCAAAUGCACCCAGUGUGACAAAUCGUACUCGAUCAAGAAGACACUCGCCGAUCACAUCCGACAGGUCCACCAGAACAUCCGCUACGCUUGCGAUGUGUGCCAAAAGCAGUUCGUCAGCCGGGACGUGCUGCGCGUCCAUAAGAAGCUACACUCCAACGAGCAGCACCGCUGCCAGCACUGCGGUCAGACGUUCCUGCAGCGAGUCUACUUGCUCAAACAUAUGGCCGUGCAUGAACAGAAGCGGUUCACCUGCGAAGACUGCGGCAAGACGUUCCGAUUUAAGGAACUCAUGAAACAGCACGCCCGAAUUCAUACCGGAGAAAAGCCUUUUCCCUGCGGAUCGUGUGAUAAAAGCUUCCGAACGUCGACCCACCUGAAGCAACACAUGCGAUCCCACACGCAAGCCAAAGUAUUCAAGUGCAAGCUCUGUCCAGUGGCGUACGCCAACAAAAAGUCGCUGGAUCGGCACGUGGCUCGCGGACAGCAUCAAGUUGAAGUCAAACACAAGGGCAUUUCACGUCUGGUCGUGGAGGUGCGUCGUGGCAUAAUGGUUGGCCAGCAGCGAUUCCGCCUGAGCGAGGUUCCCCUGCUGAACCGGGACCACGUCAAGAUUCGUGACCCGGACAAGGUCGAGCACAUGCUGAACGAGCUGGUCGCGGGCGGCACCGAAAAGCUCCAGGUCGUGACGGACUUUGAUUAUACAAUCACCAAGCAGCGGCUGACGAACGGCGAGAAGAUUCUGACCAGCUUCGGGAUGUUCAACGAGUGCAGGUCGCUGCCGGUGAGUGUGCUGGAGGAGUCGAAGAAGCUGUUCCACAAGUAUAGGCCCAUAGAGAUCGAUCCGCACAUGCCGAUGGAGGACAAGGUGCGGUACAUGAUCGAGUGGUGGACCAAGACGGGAGAUUUGCUCAAAGGCUUCCCGCUUCCUCAAGAGGAAAUCGCCGAGGUGGCCAAACGCUUCAAGGACGGUCUCCGGGACGGAACCCCGCAAAUGUUCUACGACCUGGACCAGCUGGGCGUCCCAUGUCUGGUAUUCUCCGCCGGCCUGGGCGAUUCCGUGAUAUCGGUCCUCCGCCAGGCCAACGUCAUGUACCCGAACGUGAAGGUCAUCUCGAACUUCCUGCAGUACAACCCGGACGGAACGCUCAACGGUCUCCAGGACAAAAUGAUUCACACGUUCAACAAGAACGAGACGGCGCUGAAGGGGACGGACUAUUACGACCUGGUGCACGACCGGGACCACGUGAUCGUGAUGGGUGACUCGCUGGGUGAUGCCGGAAUGGCCGACGGAAUUCCGUCCUCGUCGCACGUGCUCAAAAUUGGGUUCCUCUUUGAUCAUCCGGAACAGAACCUGCCCCGGUACAUGGACACCUUCGACAUCGUGCUGAUCGAUGACCAAACCAUGGACGUGCCCCGAACGAUCGUCGAGAUGGUGAAGAAUAAAUCUCACAAUCAUUUUCGUUCCGUCGCUCGGCCGCGAAAGUCGCGCAAAAUUUUGCUCUCUGGUGAAAAAGUUUUCAAACAAAUUUUCAGUGCCGAAAAAAUGGAGCGUCCGAAGCGCGAGGAUUUCGACAAGAUUUGCCGGCUCUGCCUGAAGAGUGCCAGCCUGGUGAACAUCUUCGACCGGAACCCGAAAACGCAGCAGGAAUCGCUCAGUACGCUGGUCCGGGAAACGGUCGAAAUGCUCGGGCUGACGAUCGACCCGGACGAUAACUUCCCGCGUAAAAUGUGCCUACCGUGCAAAGACUCGUUGCGCUCGCUGUACAAAUUCAGAAACCAAUGCCAAGAGGCGAACGAUCUGAUACUGGAAGUUCUCUCUAGCUUUGAACUAACUGUAGCACAGGAAGUCCCUAGCAAAUUGACAGUUUCAGUCCCAGAGUCCCAACCUAAACUAUCCGAAGAAUUUAUCUCCGUCAAAGCGACAAGCACUCUGAUAAAGGAAGACAUUCCCGCUAUCGAUGAUCACGAUGAACCGGUGGAACUCUCGGAGCAAAUGGUUCUGGAGGCCGACUCGAGCAGUGCGCUCAACGUGUCGAUUGUGAAGAGCGAAGCGCCGAGUACGGUGACGGUGAGCGAAGAGUACGAAUACCUGGAGCAGGAAAGCGAACCAGACGACGGGGAGCGCGAUGGUAAGGUGGAAGAGAUGGAAGCGAACGCUGGGCAGGAUGUGUACACGAUCGAAAUGCAAGCCGACGAGGCGGAGGAAGAGCGGGAAGACGGUGGCGGGGAUGUUCAGAAUUUUGAGGUCUAUCUGGAAGAGAAUUCUGGUUCCGAUGAGGAGGAAGAAGCGAAAAGUGAGGAUCAGUCUGAACAGCUGCAGGUGGCAACGGUCAAACGCGGAAGCGUAAAGGGUCAGCUGUGCACGAUAUGUAACAAGUAUUCGACCUGCCUGAAGUAUCACAUGAUGUAUCACACCGGAGAGCGACCGUACUCGUGUCCGCAUUGCGAAAAGUCCUUCCGGACAUCCACAAAGCUGAAAAUUCACGUCGACGGGGUGCAUCUCAAGCUGAGGAAGUUCACCUGCGAGGUGUGCAAUAAAAAGUUUCUGGACGCGGGAAAUCUCAAAAGUCACAUGGCUACGCAUGCCGAGACGAGGAAGUAUGUCUGCGACUACGAAAACUGUGGGAAGGCGUUCGCUUUGCCGGGAACGUUACGGGUUCACAAGCUGACGCACACCCAGGACAAGCAGUUCGAGUGCAGUUUCUGUCAUAAGUCAUUCUUGUACAAGUGGCUGUUGGUGAAGCAUGAGCGAUCGCAUACCGGCGAGAAGCCGUACGAGUGCGAGGUGUGUCACAAGAGGUUCUCGACCUCGACCCAUGCGAAAACGCACCAGAAAAUUCACGAUCCGUUCCGCGAGAAACCGGCGAAGACUCCGAGGAAGAAGAAGCGGCAAGCCGGGGAAGAGUCCGACGAUGCGGUGGAAGUUGUGGUGUCAAUCGACCCGUCCGGCCCAUAUCCGAGGAAAAUUUGUCAAGUCUGCAAGGAUUUCCUGCGCGCGCUGCACAAGUUUCGCCAGCAAGCCCAGGAAGCGAACGAUUUGGUGAUGGAAGCGUGCCCGGGGGGCGACCUGCAGAUGCAGCUAGCGCUGCCUGUUCCAGUGCGCUCUCCGCCCUUGGUUCUUCCUCGGCCCCAGAUUCCAUCUCCGAGCGCUGCUGUUGUCGUGAAAAAUGAACGCACAAAUGUGUCCCAAAAGUCGCCUUCUCCGAGAGCUACAAGGCGCACAAGUCAGGACAAACCGUACAAGUUGGCGCGUGCCGUUCAACCAGUGCGAAAAACCUAUUCCUGCCAUUUGUGCGAUUUCAAAGGGUUCUCGCCGAAAGCUCUGUCAGCCCACCUGAGCAAGGAACAUCCAAGUCGGUACACGUGCGACAUAUGCGGCCAGCAGUUCAUGCAUGGAUCAGGCCUGUUGAUGCACAAGUAUGAAGCGCACGAUAUUCGUACUCUUCCGAAAAUGGAAAACUCCGGCUGCCUGGACCUAGAGACGCUGGAGAACGACAACGGAGAAUGCAAGCAGGACCAGCUGCGGAUCCGCCACUACAUGGACCACUUUGAGCGGCUGUGUCGGCUCUGCUUGGCCACGGAACGGCUCGUAAAUGUCUACUCGAUUGUUCAGGGACGGAACGUUUUCUACGUGCGGAACUUUGUCAAGGAGGGCUUCCGGCUGCUGGAGCAGAAGAUUGACAAAAAAGAUCAUCUUCCGAAUUUUAUCUGCGAAAAGUGUGAACGAAAUUUAAACAUUUUGUGCAAUUUUAAGAAAAAGUGUGACGCCUCCAGGCGGGUUCUGGAAAAGGUUCGCGACAAGACGAUCGUGCCGGAUGAUUUGCGGGAAGUGGAGAUGCUUGGGUCAGCGCCACCCGCUGCAACAACGAAUGAGCAGGGCAUUUCUGGCCGACUGAGGAGGUCAAAGAAAAUGCCCCAGCUGCAGAACAGUGGAGAGGUUCUAAAAAAGCUCCCCCAAACCACCAGCGUAGAAAAAGUUGACGAAACCGUUAAGCAUGAAACAUCAGCUCCAACACCACCGGAAGUCACUGCCCCUUCCGCUGAGACAAUCGCUUCCCCGCUCAAAAUCGAACCGGAAGAGAUCAAAGAGGAAGUUAUCGGCAGUGUUCAGGUAAUAUUCCCAGCUGACGAUGCCGAGCAGGUGGCUUUAGUCCCGGAAGAGGCAGCCGACGAUGCAAGCGAACCCGAACACGAGUCGGAGGAAUAUCUGGAGGAGCAUGAAGACCAGUCCGACAGCGAUUACCAACCGGAUGAUCCACAGGAAGAGGGUCAGCCUAGAAAGAGCGGUAGAAGGGGAAGAAGAGCCAAGUCGUCCGGUUCGUCAAGGUGUGACAAAAAGUCCAAGGAGAAGACGGUUUGCGCCAUCUGCGGGGCGCUGGUCAACAACGUCAAGUGCCAUAUGGUCAUCCACGAGGAGGUGCGGCCGCAUCAGUGCGAGCACUGCCCGAAGAACUUUACCUCGAGGAAUAAGUUGCAAUCACACAUCAACAGUGUCCACCUGAAAAAGCGCGACUUCAAGUGCGAAAUAUGUGGGAAGGCGUUCCUCGAAAAGAACAACCUUAAGGGCCAUCUUCGGAUCCACAACGGCGACCGCAAGUACCAGUGUGACCUUUGUCCGAAAAGCUUCCUCUUUGCGGGAACGCUCCGUUGUCACAAGUUGACCCACACCCAGGACAAGCAGCACGAGUGCCACGUCUGUGGCAAGCGGUUCCUCAUGCGGACCACCCUGAACAAACACCUGUACGUGCACAGUAACGAACGGCCCCACAAAUGUGAACUGUGCGAGAAGGCGUUCCGGACUUCGACGCACAAAAUCAUCCACAUGCGAACGCACACCGGAGAGAAACCGCUGCAGUGCCGGAUCUGCCUGACCGGGUUUGCCCACCACAAGGCGCGAAGUGUCCACAUGAAGACCAAACACGCCGAAGAGCUGCUGGCGUUGGACUUGCUGGACGAGAAGGGACAUCUCAAGUUUUGAGAGCAUGACACUUUAGGAGGUAAGGUUAGAAAGUGGUGUUUUUAACUGUCUUAUUUUGUGUGUUCAGUUGAUUUUACAUAAAAGUUGUGUGUAAAUUA